AUGGACAGUCCGUACGCAAAAGAACUCACUGUCGCUGUUGGCGCUUUGCAAAAGGCUGCUCAAUUGAGUCAGUCGAUUGUUUCUGACAAGGAUAAAGGCGCAAUUGAGAAGGAUGACUUGAGUCCUGUCACAGUUGCCGAUUUUGCGGUUCAGGCGCUUCUUACAGCUACGAUUAAGAAUGCGUUUCCGGAGGACAAGGUUGUUGGGGAGGAAGAUGCUUCGGACUUGAGGCAGAAUUCUGUGUUGAUGGAAAGGGUCUGGCAGCUUUUGGAGGGAAUUGCUGGAAAUGAGGAUACAGUGUCGCUGUGCAAGUUGCCAGAGAGUCGAGAGCAGAUGUGUGAUCUUAUUGAUGAGUGCGGAGCUAGUAGCCCAUCUGCCACUGGGAGAACUUGGGUUUUUGAUCCAAUUGAUGGGACAAAGACGUAUCUUCUCGGUCAGCUUUAUGCUACCAAUAUGGCGUUGUUGGUGGAUGGGCAGCAAACAGUUGGGAUCGUUGGUGCGCCGAAUUUGUCAAUUGAUGCAAAGGCACCGCUCAAGAACGAAGAUAUUGAUCCCAAAGACGAAGGAUGCAUCUUCUUUGCCGUGAAAGGCCACGGCGCUUACGUCCGCCCCCUACGAUCUGAUCAACCCAGAAAACUCCCUCUCUACAGCACCAACGACGCCAGCCUCGUCACAAGCUCAACAGUCGACUCCGCCCUCUCCGGCAUUCACGAAAUCGUCGCCUCGCGCCUCAACUCCACCUAUCCUGGAAACGACCUCCUCCCUUGGGUUCUUCGCUGGGCGGUUCUCGCAAUGGGCCUUGGCAACACGACAGUUUGGGUUUACAAACGUCGAGAUCGGUACGCUAAAGCUUGGGAUCAUGCGGGUGCUAUGUUGUUGUUCGAAGAGACUGGAGGGAAGAUUACGGAUGUACAUGGGAAGAAGAUUGAUUUGACGGCGGGAAGGAAGAUGAGUGCGAAUUUUGGGUUUGUUGGGGCGCGGGAGGGACAUGGGAGGGUUUUGGAGGUUGUGAGGGAGGUGUUGACGGAGCAAGGGAAGGAGGAGUUUUUGAAGUGA